UUAUCAUAAAAUUAUCAAUUGCCCCAUAGUAUAUUUCUUAUCAUGUAUGGUACAAAGCAGCAUGUGAAAACAAAUUUAUAUAAGACGUUGGUAAAUAGAAAAUAAUACUUAUCAAACACGAAUUAGAUAUGGUUUGAAACACUUAUACAUUGGUAUAUGUCAUACCGUGUAGUUCAUCUUGACUCGUGUAAAAACACGUGACAAAAUUUGAUCUUAGUGGCAUGUAGAAUUUUUACGAUAUACGCACGAAGAAAGCGAUCUUUCACUGCAUAUUAUUAUAAUACUUCCUUUUAAGAUUUGAUUCGUCUUAAUAUUUAUCUCACAGAGUUCAUUAUGGACUUUGGAAUAAGUGUAUAUACUGAGACCAACUGUACCAAAUAUUGCUUCAGACUUGCAGUAACAUUUAUACAAUUAAGACGUGUGUGUAGCUAAAAUUUAAUCUUUUUUGAACUAACGAAAUACGUGUUAGUGUUGACGAAUUACAAUUAUAAUUUUUCUUACUUUACAAUUUUAUAUAUUACUGUGCAAUUAUAAAUUGCUUUGUUAGCUGUUGUGGUUGUAAAUAAUUUGUAAGAAUCAAUCAUAACAGUUACAGUACAAAAUGAUGCAACAAGUAAAAAUAUUAGAUGGUGGGUUUUCUACGCAAUUAGCAACACAUGUGAAUGAUACGAUAGAUGGUGAUCCCUUAUGGACAGCACGAUUUCUUGUUACAAAUCCUGAAGCUAUUGUUGCUACGCAUUUAGAUUUUCUAAAAGCUGGAGCAGAUAUAAUUCUUACAAAUUCUUAUCAGGCAUCUAUAGAUGGAUUUUCAAAAUAUAUGAACAUGACAGAAGAGGAAAGUCUUAAUUUAUUUAGCAAAUCUGUAGAGUAUGCUAAGGAGGCAGUAAAUUUAUUUAAAAAAGAUGUCAAAAAUUUGAAAAACGUAUCUGAAAAUCCACUAAUUGCUGGAUCUAUUGGACCAUAUGGUGCAUGUUUGCAUGAUGGUUCAGAAUAUACUGGCAAGUACUGUUCACUUGUGACGGAGGAGAUUCUUAUGGACUGGCACAGACCACGUAUUAGGCAAUUAAUUGCUAGCGGUGUUGACUUAUUAGCAAUAGAAACAAUACCAUGCAAAAAAGAAGCUGAAGCAUUGGUUAAAUUACUUAAAGAAUUUCCUAAUAUCAAAGCUUGGUUGUCAUUUUCUUGUCGUAAUGAUGGAGAGAACAUAGCUGAUGGUUCUAACUUUCAAAAUGUUGCAAUGCAGUGUUAUAAGGAAGCAUUACAAGGACAAAUUUUAGCAGUUGGAAUGAACUGUAUUGCACCACAAAAUGUAAGUCCUUUAUUAAGAGGAAUUAAUGCAAACAAUAAGCAAGAAAUUGUGCCAUUAGUGGUAUAUCCUAACAGUGGCGAAACAUAUACAGUGGAAACAGGAUGGAUGAAAACGAAUGAUUCCUGUUCUUUAAACCAAUUUAUACAUGAAUGGCUGAAUUUGGGCGUUCGAUACAUAGGCGGAUGUUGUAGAACGCACGCUGAAGACGUAGUAAAAAUACGUGCGGAAGUACAGAACUGGAAAUGUGCCUAAAUCUUUUUACAGAUUUCAUAAAUAUAACAAAAUAUACUCAUUGAACACGUACAAUUAUUAAU